UGGAGACGCGGGUCUGUUUUUGUGGGUCGCUGCUGAAUGUGUUAAGUUUCUUGUGAAAAUGCCACCAAAAAAGAAGAAAGGGGGGAAGAAGUCUGGUAAGGGAAAGAAAACACCAACAGUUGUAGAUGGACUUUCUACAGAGGAAAUGUCUAAGGAGCAGCUGGAGGAGCACAUUGUCCGUCUUCGUGAGGAACUGGACCGGGAACGGGAGGAACGGAAUUAUUUCCAGCUGGAGAGGGAUAAAAUCCACACCUUCUGGGAAAUCACCAAGAGGCAGUUAGAGGAGAAGAAAUUGGAAAUGAGGAAUAAAGACAGAGAAAUGGAGGAUUCUGAGGAGAGACAUCAAGUAGAAAUCAAGGUUUACAAGCAGAAGGUGAAACACUUGCUGUACGAACACCAGAACAACAUUACAGAGCUCAAGGCUCAAGGUGUUGUUGCUACAAAGCUUGCGCAGAAAGAUCAGGGCAUGCAGGAAGAUGAUUUGCGUAAGGGUGUGCGCACCCUCAAAGUGGAUUUAAAAGAGCAGGAGCUUUCCAAUGAGAAUCUGGUGAAAAAACUCAAACUGAAAUAUGAGGAAGAAAUAACUAAACUGCGGAGAUUUGAAAGACAAGUACGAGAAAUCGAAGCUAAAUAUGAGAAGAAGAUGCGAGUGCUACGAGAUGAGCUGGAUCUGAAGCGCAAAACUGAAAUCCAUGAAAUCGAAGAGAGAAAGAACAGCCAGAUCAACACACUGAUGAAGAACCACGAAAAGGCAUUCAGUGAUAUCAAAAACUACUAUAAUGACAUCACACUCAAUAACCUGGCUCUAAUUAACUCUCUGAAGGAGCAAGUAGAGGAGAUGAAGAGGAAAGACGAGCGGUUAGAAAAGGAGAUGGCAGAGGUCCAGCUCCAGAAUAAGCGCCUCACAGAACCUCUUCAGAAGGCACAAGAGGAGGUGACUGAGCUACAGAAGCAGCUGGCCAAUUACCAGAAGGAUAAAGUCUCCCUGGCGGGUGCCAAAGCUCGAUUGAAGGUGGUAGAUAAGGAAAAGAAAGACCUGAAAUGGGAGCAUGAAGUACUAGAGCAGAGAUUUGCUAAGGUGCAAGAUGAGCGGGACGAGUUGUACCAGAAGUUCAUUAAAGCUAUUCAUGAGGUACAGCAGAAGAGUGGAUUUAAAAACCUCCUGUUGGAGCGGAAGCUGCAUGCUCUUACAGAUACACUGGAGAAGAAAGAAGUUCAGUUGAAUGAGGUGCUUUCUGCCUCCAACCUCGACCCCACAGCUCUGAGUGUUGUAACACGCAAACUUGAGGAUAUUUUGGACUCUAAAAACAAUGCUAUCAAAGACUUGCAGUAUGAGUUAGACCGGGUUUGUAAGGCUCAUAAUGAUUUGCUGCGGACGUACGAGACGAAGCUUCGUGCUUUUGGAAUUCCAGUAGAUGAGCUGGGAUUUAAACCUUUGGAGAGUACAGUGGCUGGACAGAGACUUGGUCAGGGACCUGCAGGACUGGUUUCUGCACCAACAUAAAAGAGCCACCCAAAUAAUGAUAAAAAGACACACUAAACCUCCCUUCUAUGAUGUUUGCAUUUUAAUAAUGUGAAAAUGAAAACUGUUUAUUUUGUCUAUUUUAAGGGACAAAACUGAAGGCGGCUGCACAACAUAUUGAUUAUAAAUUCAGAUUCUCGUUGUUUUGGAGUAUCAUGUUGUACUAUAAUUGUGUCCAGCAAGUUUGUCAUUCUUAAUACUAAAUAAUAUUAAUAAUAAAUAAUAGUCAGGUAAAUUGUGUAUUUUUCAUUAAAGACAAAAUAGAGUACCAGAGGGUGCAAUUUAAUCAAUCUCAAGGUAGUGUGUAAGAUUAAUUAUAUAUUAUUAGUAUUCGUAAUAUUUAAAAAUAGAAAUGGGAGUACAUCUAUGAUAAUACCCCUGUUAUUCCUGGGAGAGAAAAAAAAUCGCUUCCAGCAAUAUGGAUUUAUAACAAACUUCAUAAUGUACUACUGCUGGGGGUAAUUUUAUGUGAAUUAAAGAUGUCUUCAUAAUAAUCACACUGUGAAUUAAACAUACAUUUUAGAAUGAUAAUCAUAUACAGUAGCAAUUCAAGUGUUCUGCUUGGAACUUUUAUCUCGAAAGCAGUGGAAGAAAGGCCACAACUACUUAAAAAUACUUUAACAUAUCUGGAUUCGAUGCAGUGAGCUCAGAGAUAUUAAAUGAACUGACCUGCACAGAGCACUCAGGUCGCUAUUGAGAUUUUGAUGCUUUUAUCAGCAUGUGUAUAUACCAGUACCUAGACUAUAUUUUCAUAAAUAUAUGUAUUUUUAAAUGUACUGCAUUUAACAUAAUAAGAUGUUUUUUAGUUUAUUCAGUGAAGUCUUUUAUGAAAUUAAGAAGUAUAAAAUACAUGACAAUCAUGGUGGUGCACCAAUGCAGCUGUCCCUUAUUUGAAUACAGUUUUAAAACAUUAUUAUUAUUAUUAUUAUUAUUAUUAUUAUUAUUAUUAUUAUUAUUAUUAUUAUUAUUAUUUUAAUAUGGAUUUUCCUUUGUUUUGAGGUUGUGCAAUAAGAAUUUAUAAACACAAGGUUCACAACUAGAUUACAGAUGAUUAGGGAGUAUCUAUUUGUGUCGCAGAAAGAAUACUAUUCUAAUUGUACAUGGAAAUUGAUGCCAUUUUGAUAUGGUACAAGCCAAAAUGGUCCUAACCCCCUUACCUUCCAGGUAUUCAAUGCUUUAAACAUAUAUUUCCAUAUUCUAGUUUGAUGUCGUUUUUGUAUAAUGACAUCACAAUUCUGGAAAAAGAAUGUUCUCCUCAGGGUCCCAAAAGGUGCAGUAAACAUACCCUAGGUGGUGGUCUCUCUCAAAUUGUUUCUGAUUCACCUUUGUAUCUGAAUCACACAUUUUCUCAAAUAAAUAUAAUUUGUAAAUUGAAUGUACUGCCCUUUUUUAAACUUACGAAGUUGAGCUUCAGUACUUUAUAAG